CAGUAUCCAAAUCCCAAUUUCUCUCUCUUGAUAUUGCUCCUCUUUUCAAGCUCUCUGAUUUGCUUCACCCUUCGGAAACACAACAACUUUCAAACUUCUUCCAGCCAUGGCAGCUGCUGGAAAACUCUCUGUCUCUGUGGUGGCCAUCAUGGUGUUCAUAGCCACCAUUUCCAGCUCUGUUUCUGCAGACCCGGAUAUGCUUCAAGAUGUCUGUGUUGCCGAUCUCAAUAACGCUGUGAAGAUGAACGGUUUUGCCUGCAAGGCAAGCUUUAAAGCAUCAGAUUUCUUCUUUGCCGGUAUAGCAACGCCGAUGCCCACCAACAAUAUGCUGGGUUCAACCGUGACUCCAGCCAAUGUGAUGCAAAUUCCAGGCCUCAACACCCUAGGUGUCUCCAUGGCCCGCAUCGACUUUGCCCCCGGCGGCCUUAACCCGCCCCACACCCACCCACGCGCCACCGAGAUCAUUUUCGUGCUCUACGGAGAAUUGGAAGUUGGGUUCAUUACCACAGCCAAUGUGCUUGUUUCCACAACCGUCAAACAGGGUGACGUAUUUACUUUCCCUAAGGGUUUGGUUCACUUCCAAAUUAAUAACGGAAAAGGACCGGCUGCCGCUAUUGCUGCGUUCAACAGCCAGAAUCCUGGUGUCCAAGCCAUUGCCGCCACAUUGUUUGCCGCCAUGCCCCCGGUCUCGGAUAGUGUGUUGAGUAAGGCUUUCCAGAUAUCAUAUAAGGAGGUUGAUGAAAUCAAGUCAAAGCUUGGAGGAAAGCACUAGAGGGUGCUUGCUUUGUGAUCUGGGGUGGGUAUGGUGUUGGUUUGUAUUUCAGUCCAUUUACCUAUGUAUUUGGUUUCGCUUCUUAUGUUUACCGAGAAAUAAGACGAGAGUUUUAAAUAA